AAAUGUACGAACCACGAUGACGAAUCUGAAGUGAAUUGAUUCAAAUCGAACUGUGUUUUUAAUGAUGAAACGAUUAACAGGUUAUCGAGAUACAGGACUUUGAGCAACCGAACAGUUAUGGCACCUCCAUCUUGUGUCCCCCUGAAUCCUCUCAGUUUCUUAAUAUCGAGUUACCGAUUCUAGUCGUGGUUAUAAAGAAUGUAAAUUUGCCCUGUCGACUGCAGUUGCAGGUAUAAGCAUAAAAUUCUCAGUUUGAUUAUUGCCAUAACUAGAAGAUCCUAGAUGGGUCCCCUAGCUUCAGGGAAUGCUCCUGGAUCCACCUAGCUCCGUACCUAUAACUCCGUUCAACGAGACGAGUCACUAAAUAAAAACAAACAGCUCGCUCGCUUUUCACGUAAUCGGCUCUGCGACUGCAGCCAUUGGCUGUCACAUGUUGCAACUCAGAGCCAAGUUAUCUUAAGAUGCGAUUUGGGAGAUCCGGAACCCGUGAGUCGACCCUGCCCUGCUCAUGCAUGGAUCACGUGUACACUUGGUAGUAGACACCCAAAACUGCUUGCACCAUUUUCAAUUCACCAACGCUGAGGCGGAGAGGCAGAGCUCUAGGGGUGUAAUCUGUCGCGCGAAAAUCAAAUUGGAAAGUGGAUGGAACAAACUAGAACUGAACCUGUCGAAUUUGACUCAGACCGCUUUCAAAAGAGACUACGCCAUCACACAAAGAAUUCAAAUCAGUGGAAAUUGUCGUCUGCGAAGGGUUUACUUCAUAGACAAACACUACGACCAACAAGAGAUUUGUCCUAAAUUGUACCACAGGUUUCUCGAUUCUUACAUGUUAAAAUGGGGCAUUCAUACCGUAGAUAGGUCGUCGCAGACUAACAAUAAGAGAAACAAAAGUAAAAUGAAAGGAAGUAACAAUUUGAAGAAACACAGCGGCGAAAAUCUGAGCGACGAUGAAACGGGUUAUAAUUCCGUGAGGAAUUCCGCUGGACGCAGGACAAUCGAUGAGAAUUUCUUGAGAAACUUGCAGCUUAAAACUGACAUAUUGAUCAAUAAUUUCUUCGAUAGACAACCCUCGAAAGUACCCCGCGCUGUGGAACUUAAACAGAACGCGAAGCUGAAGCCUUACGCUUUUCCACUAGCGACCUCUAUCUGGAGGUCCUCCAAUCCUGCAGCUGUUUCCGAGGACGCUUUCAACAAGAUCAAUGUCCUUCGAACGUUCACCGAUGCUUAUGCGUCCAAUAAAGAAGAGAAUGCUGUAAAAGCCAUACAGGAUAACUGGAGGAACAGGUACCUUCUCCCUCAGGACAGAUCAUCGAAGAGUAGCGACGCGGCGAAGCAAAACUUAAAGAGAACGAUGUUGGAAUAUAAACCCAAGUCUUUACAAUUACUGCCCGAGGCGAUAUCAGGAAUUGGAAAAACAAACACCUCAGGAUAUCCUAAGAAAAACGGCGAAACGAUCAAACAUAAUGAGAAUGAUACUAUGAAUAAUUAAAUAUCUCAAUAAUUGUA